AAGACGGCAGGUUUGAUUUAAGCCUGGUGACUGCGUGUUUGAGAUAAAAGUUACAACGAUAUUGAUGCCUUCAAGAUUUCCUCCAGGAGAAGCCCUGUCAGAGCCAGAGCCAAACAGGGGCUCCUUCAUCCCUGUGAACCGCAACGUGUUGCACCCAAGGGCCCCGAGUGUGUAUAUGCUGGCUAUUUCUGGAUACCUGGAGCCACAUGACUUUACCACGAUUUGAUCAAGGAACAGCAUGCCUGGAGGGAAAGUACUGCAGCUGAGAUUUGGGCUUUCAGAUGGAGGAAGAGUGUGAGCAGGUCUGUGAGGAGGAGGCACGAGCAGAUGAAGCCAUGCUGUGGUCCAUCCGGGAGGCUCUGGAGAGGCAGACCCUGCAGAUAGGAGCGUCCGCCUGCGGGGCCACGGCUGUGGUGGAUGUGCUGAAGGCGCUCGGCGUGGACGUGGCCCCCGAGGAAGCAGACCGCUGCGUCCAAACACGCCUGAGGAGGAACGAGUCACCGCUGCCGGACUACCUGCUGUCCCGGAGCGAAGCCGGUGCGACUCACGCUCAACUCAUCCGAGGAGCAGAGGAGGCCAGUCAGGACCACGUAACGGGUCGCUUCUUCCACUUUCACCCUCGGCGGCUGGUCAAACUGGUCCCCUGGCUCGCACGCUGGAUCCGAAAGGGUGCCGUUCCCGUGGCGACCAUGAACAUGCAGCUGGCUGUACCCGAGGGAGAGGAGGUGCCCGACGCCUGGCACCAUCAGCUCAUAUUUGGCGUGGCGCCAAAUGCUGUUUUCAUGACUAAUCCUUUAGAUGUAGUGAGCGAGGCAGAGUUACACCAGAGACUCUGCAGUGAAUCUGUGCUGCUGAUUCGCCGAGAAGACGUCCUGCAGCGGCUGACAGCAGACACCUGUCUUUCCAGCCUGUCGGACCCGCGGUGGAAAGCCCUGGAUGUCGAAGGUCAGGUGAGGCAGAUGCGCCUAGAAGAGAAAGAAGGUGGAGCCAAGUUGAUGCACAUCACGAUCCCCGCAGCGUACAGUUCAGGCAUCACAGUCUUCGCACUUCAACAGUCGGAGUUGGGACGGGAACUCCUCAGUGCUCCUGAGCUCCCUUUGUUGUGACCAGACUGACGCUGACCGACUCGGGGCUUGUUUACUGUGAUGUAACAAUAGACGUGAUAAACAGUUCUAUCAUGCAUCAUCUAUCACUCACUGUGUCCCAUGCAUUGGAAACAGUGUAUUGUGAGUGACUUUCUUGAAUAAACUAAGUUUCAAAUAAUGAGAGGAAGCAACACCAGAUUUGUUUUUACGUCUUCUCUUAACUGGAAUUAAAAUGCAGAUCACCAUUUCGCCACUUCACACCAUCUCCCGGUUAGCUUUAGGAUUGACUUUCAUAAUGCAUGGAUUUCUUCUGAUGUUCUGCAGUCUGAGCUCCUCUGGUUGCUUCUCAGGCCACAUUAAGCUCUCAGGGUGGUGGAGUCAGUGCAGCCAGGGUGCCAAGAUGAUGACACAGUAAAAGAAAAAUCCCCAUCUGUUUCCCCGCUCACUUUUCACCAUAUCAGAUCCUCUGUUUAAGUAAAAAUACAUCAUUGGAGUACAAAGAGCAAAAAUCAUUCACUGUGGAGCUGGAUGGUUCGUAUAUUUUUUUGAUUCUCCUUAUCUCCUUACUUGAGUCAAUAAUAUAAAUUUAUUUGCAUUUGUACCUUAUGGUUUAUAGUACAAGAAAAACAAAGAAUCGAUGGCUGCAUGUAACAGUUAUUAAUACUGGUUUGAAAAAUGAGUGCACUGGCUCUUAUUCUUUUUGUUAAUAAAUUAGAUGUAUUUUAAACUAA